AUGGGCGCUCGCGACGCGAUGAAGAACGAGAUCGUGCCGCACCCGCUCGUCGCGCUCGUCGCGCGCGUCGCGCUCCUCGCGCUAAACCUCGUCCUGUUCGGCCUCGGCGUGACGCUCCUCGUGAUGAGCACGCGGCACGGGCACUACAGCAGCCUCAUAAACGACGUGUACCAGCACGGCGGGCUCACCGUCGCCGCGUUCGAGGAGCCGGACUCCGCGCUGCUGCUCGCGGGGUUGUUCAUCACGUUCAUCUCCGUCCAGGGUCUGUUCGGCGCGCUGACCGGGAACAGGCAGCUGCUGCUGUCGUACCACAUCCUGUGCCUUUUCUUGCUCACCGGCGUCGUGUACUGCGCGGUGAUGAUGGGGAUCUACCGCGACGAAUCCGACGAGAUGAUCGGAUCGUACUGGCGGAAACUCUCCCCGGAAGACUUACACUCCAGGCACGGGAAGCUCAUGAAGGCGUUUAACUCGACGUUCCACAAUGAAAUGCACAAAGGCGUCGCCCUCGGCGGCGACGAGAACGGCGGCAACGCGACGACGCUGCUCACGAAGCACAUGGAGAUCCUUCAGACGUUCGACCGGGCGCGAACGGAGCGAUACGUGCGGAGGUACUUCCACAAAGCCAUGGGCGUCCUCAUCGCCGCCGCGGUGUUCAUCGUCUUCGCGCUGUUGACCUCCGCGCAGGUCAUGGGUCUGAAGUACACCGCGAAGCGCGUCGGCGCGGGCGCGAACUUCGCGGGCGUGUUGUUCGGUCUCUUCGUGUUGGUCCUGUGCGCGGUGCUCGCGCGGAAGGAUUAUUACAUCCCCGACGCGGUGACCCUGGACGUGGACGUGACGUUCCGCACGAGCGAGCACAUCCCGAACGUCACCGCGGCGGUGAACGUGUUCACGACGACUCUGAACGAGCACCCGGAGCGGAUCUUCGGGGAGUACUACUUUGUGCAGCAGGCGCCGCCGCCGCCGCCGCCGCCGCCGAACUCGCAGAUCGGUCGCCGGCGGCUGUUGGCCCCGCCGGAGCCGGAUGCCCCUCCCGCGCCUGCGGCUCCCCCAGGCCCUGAUGCCCCUCCCACGCCCGCGGCCCCGUCCCCGCCGCCGCCGCCGCCGCCGGCGAUGGAGGUUCCAGAGGGCGCGAUGUGGGUCCAGGAAGUCUACCCCCCUAAAGACGCCGACGGCGGGACGCUCCUGUCGUUCACCCUCUCCUUCAGCGGCGUGAACGUGUCCGACACCGAGAGCGGGAAGGACAUCAACGCGACGCUGACGGAGUCCGUGGAGGAGCGAAUCAUAAACGCCGGGAACCACAUGGAGUCGCUGGACGUGGAAGGGAAAGACUUCGACGACGCGCCCGUGGACCUCCUCACCCCCGACGACGUCGUCGUGAAGAACCUCCGCCUCGGCGCGGACCACGCCAUCGGCGGGCGCUGGGCCGCGGCCAUCCUCGCCGGCGCGGGCGCGGUCGUGAUACUCACCUCCGUCGCCGGCUUCAUCGGCGUCACGCAAGGCUCGCAAGUCGGUCUCAUCAUUCACAUCUUCAUGUGCGUCGUCACGUUCAUCUUCAUCACCGCCGCGACCGGGCUCGUCGUGACGCACUCGGACGACACGAAGAAGUUCAUCCUGUCGCACUGGCGCAACAUACAGACCGGCGUCAUCGGCGAGAACAUCGAGGCCGCGGACGCGAGCGGGUUCGCGAAUCAGCACAUGCGAGCGGCGGCGGCGCUCGGGGCGAUUCUCAUCACGAUUCUCAUCGUCGCGUGGAUCGCGUCCGCGUUGUCCCUUCUCGCGGUGUUCCAAGCGGAGGCGCGACGCCAGCAGGCGAGAUACCGCGCGUUUCAGCAGAACAACCAGACCGGAGGUCGGUUCACGAAGAUGCAGGACUGGGACGACGACUGGGACGACGACGGCUCGGACUGGGACGAGGAGAACGGCGGCUGGGGCAACGGCGACUGGGAAGAGGACUGGGACGAAGAAGAGGGCGGCGGCGGCGACGACGACUGGGGCAACGGCAUCGGCAACAAGGAGACCGCGAGGCUCGUCGAAGGCGGCGGCGGAAGAAAGCGCGCGUCAAAGAAGAGCCGCAAGGCGGCGGCGAGGCGAGACGCCGCGAGCGGGCGGUCCGCGACGCACUCGCGAUCCGCGUCUGGCGCCGGCGGCGCCGGCGCCGGCGGCGGAGGCGGCGCGCUCGAGAUGACCGACCUCGCGCAGCUCGUGAACGAGGCGCGCACGCACCGCGGCCGGUUCAAGCACCGCGGCGGGAAAGAUUCGCGCUCGCCCUCGCCGACGUCGUACUCCAGGGAGAGCUCGCCGCAGCGCAAGGUGCGGCUCGCGGCGCAGAGAAACACCCCCGGCGGGAAGGUGUCCGCCGCCGCGAAGGUCGGGAAAAAAAUCGCGAAAGUCAGCGAGGAGAAGGUGAUGAAGCUUCUGAACGGGCUCCUCGGCGGCGGUAACGGCGGCGGUAACGGCGGCGGCGGCGGCGGGACCGCCGUGCUGAGAGACGAGAUCGCGCGGCCGUCGUACACCCGCGAGGAGAUCGGCGCCGCGGUGGGGAUGUUACGCGAAGCCGCGGCGAAGCGGAACCCCGACGACCCGGAGGCGGCGCUUCGAGCCGCGCUCGAGGUGGCGGGCGAGGGCGACGCCGGGCUGAUCCGCGAGGCGUUGGGGGGCGGUGGCGGGGGGUUCAGGGUGUCGAGGCCGCGCGAGGACGCGACGUUCACGCUGGAAUGAUGGAUGAGCGAAGGGUGCGUACGCGUACUGUAAGGGUCGGGGGUAAGUUUUCGAGGAGAGAACCUAAAAGGUCCACGACUGCCAGACUGCUGUCUGGUGUGAACAGAAAACCACGUUGUUAAC